GAAAUAUUUUCUACUUAUGGAAAAAUUAAAAUGAUUGACAUGCCUGUAGAAAGGAUGCAUCCUCAUCUGUCCAAAGGCUACGCAUAUGUGGAGUUUGAGAAUCCAGAUGAGGCAGAGAAGGCACUGAAACACAUGGAUGGAGGACAAAUAGAUGGCCAAGAGAUCACUGCUACUGCCGUGUUGGCACCCUGGCCUAGACCACCCCCACGGCGAUUCAGCCCACCCAGGAGAAUGCUUCCACCGCCUCCCAUGUGGCGCAGGUCACCCCCACGGAUGAGGAGGUGGUCUCGAUCCCCAAGGCUCAGGUUUCCUGUGCGUAGGAGGUCUCGAUCUCCUGGCCGCCACCGCCACAGAAGCCGCUCCAGCUCCAACUCCUCCCGAUAAGCAGGGACAUUGAUUCGUACCUCUGUAACUUAUGUUCCCCCUACUCAGUUUUGUCCUUUCUCUAGCCAAAUGUGGAUCCAAAGGGAAGGAUCCCACACCAGGGUGGUCUUUGAAGACAGCAGUUGAGAUAUUUCCUCUUCAGGAGGAUUCUGGCUGCAGAGGUACUGUUGAUUCAGGACUGUGCCCAUAGAGGUACCCUGUAGUUUUCUGGCUAGAAAGUUCACCCCUUCCAGUUCUUGAAAGUCCAGUUCAUAGCUGAGAUAGCUGGAA